ACGGGGGAAGACAACAAAACCAGUCACCAAUUGCAAGCAAAAUAUACUCUUCACUGGAAAAGAGGUUUAUGGACUAGCGCAGACAUCUCUCACGGGAAGUUUUUGCAAGAGGACAGAGAUCCAGAGUCCACAUUUUCUUUUUUCUCAUCUGUAGGAAAUCUUUGGCUGAACAGAGAUGGAGUGGAGCAGCUGCGUUUCCAUUGGUUUAGUGUUCAUCCUGACUUUUCUCUCCAUUUUGAAAGUGGGAGGUUUCUGGAAUAACCACCGAAGAAGGAAUUUUCCCCCAGGACCACGAGCACUACCUAUCAUUGGAAAUCUGCAUAUAUUUGAUUUGAAGAGACCCUACAGGACUUAUCUACAGCUGUCCAAAAUAUAUGGUCCAGUCUUCAGUGUUCAGAUGGGGCAAAGGAAAAUAGUAGUGAUUUCUGGGUAUGAGACAGUGAAGGAAGCUCUCGUAAACCAGGCAGAUGCAUUUUCAGAGAGACCUAAAAUCCCAAUCUUUGAAGAUUUGACCAGAGGAAAUGGGAUUGUUUUUGCUCAUGGUGAAAACUGGAAGGUGAUGCGAAGAUUUACUCUCACAACCCUACGAGACUUUGGAAUGGGGAAAAAGGCCAUUGAGGACCGCAUUGUGGAGGAGUACGGGUAUCUGGCAGACACCAUCGCGUCACAAGAAGGAAAGCCCUUUGAUGCUAGCAAAAUAAUUAAUGCAGCAGUUGCUAACAUCAUUGUUUCAAUAUUACUUGGAAAACGAUUUGACUACAAAGACUCCAGAUUUGUGAGACUUCUACAAUUGACCAAUGAAAACAUGAGGCUUGCUGGGAAACCUUUGGUUACGAUGUACAACAUCUUCCCAUACCUUGGAUUCUUCCUAAGGGCUAACAAGGCUCUUCUCAAAAACAGAGAUGAAUUCCAUGCUUAUGCACAAGUUACUUUUGUAGAGCAUCUCAAAACCCUGGACAAAAAUGAUCAAAGAAGUUUUAUUGACGCUUUCCUGGUUAAACAGCAGGAGGAGAAAUCCACUACCAAUGGGUAUUUCCAUAAUGGCAACUUGCUAAGCUUGCUGAGCAAUUUGUUUACUGCUGGUGUUGAGACGAUUUCCACCACACUAAACUGGGGCUUUCUGCUGAUGCUAAAAUACCCUGAAAUUCAGAGAAAGGUCCAAGAAGAGAUAGAGCAAGUGAUAGGGUCAAACCCCCCACGGAUCGAGCAUCGAAUUCAGAUGCCAUAUACAGAUGCUGUCAUCCAUGAAAUUCAGAGGUUCGCUAAUAUCCUGCCAUUGGAUUUGCCUCAUGAGACUGCUGCAGAUGUCACUCUCAAAGGCUAUUUCAUUCCCAAGGGAACCUACAUCAUCCCCUUACUGACCUCUGUCCUGCAAGACAAAUCCCAGUGGGAGAAACCAGACAUGUUCUAUCCUGAGCACUUUCUUGACGCCAAUGGAAAAUUUGUGAAGAAAGAUGCUUUCAUGCCUUUUUCAGCAGGCCGGAGGAUCUGCGCCGGUGAGACUCUUGCCAAGAUGGAGCUCUUCCUCUUCUUCACCAGCCUCCUGCAGAGGUUCACAUUCCACCCUCCCCCUGGAGUCUCUAUCUCGGACCUGGACAUCAGCCCUGCUAUUUCAUUUAAUGUCAUCCCCAAACCCUAUAAAAUGUGUGCUGUUACACGUUCCUAGAGCUCUCAUCAGCAUCAAUUUUUUUAAAAAAACAUGUUCUAAUUAUUUUUUCUUGGUAUCUGCCUUCUUAAUUCUUUGGCCAAAAUAAUUCACAAUAUUACACCUUAAUGAAGGUUUCGAGUACUUCAUUAAAAUGUCUUGGCCAUUUUAAACAAUGCACAGUUUUCUCCACUUCCAGUAGAGGACAGAUCAGAAAAGCAAAGUGGAAGAAUGGUCAAAUUUACUAGAUACAAUAGGAGAAUAUUCCUACAUAUCCUCAUGGUGUUCAUUGAGCUGUAUAUCCGCACUUUUUUAUCCCCUCUGAAGCACCAACUGUGCGAACUGUACAUCCUUGGUAUUGGGUACCAUUUUGUAUCUCAAGGGGAACCACUUAAACCCACAGAGCUGCUGCACUGGAAGUUGGAAUGCUCCAGAUCCUCACAGCCUCUGUUGCUAUUUAGUCCAGGGCUCCUGUGACAAAAACUACUGUCACUUACAGGACAUUUCCCUUGCAAUCUUAUAUAUGUCUGUCUUCUGAGCUAUGUUUGCACUUGGAGAAGGUGAUGUUUUUCAUCAGUUACCUGAUAUAUGUGAAAAUUACGGUUUAAUUAGCUUUACCAGGAAUAAAAUUUAUUUUUUUUCAUUCUCUGCCCCUGAGUUUUAAAGGUUAAAAACAUUUCUGAAAACAUGGUAGGGUUCCACUGAAGGCAAGGUUUGAAAAAGGGAUUCACUGUAGAAAAAGUAUUAGAAGGUGGUGAUCACAUUCAUUUUCUGAAGCUGGUCCUUCUCAUAUCAUCAAAGUACUCAAAACAAAUUAGAUGUUCACAUUUCUUGUUCCUAUUAAACUUUAGACAAAAUAUAUUUAUCUCAGUAAUAUAAGAAAUCCAAUGUAACAAGAAAUCUUUCAUUUGUCUUAUAAAUAAAGCUU